CUACCGGCCGCUUGGAGCGCUCCUGGCGCCGAAGGCAACAAAAUCGAGGCGAAGUGUCGCGACUGUUAUAUUAGACUGUGACUCUAUCCGUGUCGUCGACCUCUCGAUAGCUACCAGCGAAUCGCUGUAGAUCGUCGUCUGGUGCUGCCCCUCAGUGACAAAAACGGCAGUCGACUAAGCGCGUCUUAUAAAUGCAGUUUUCGGUUAAAUCUCUGACAAUGGAGACUGUUGUGCUGUAUGAGAAGUAAUACGAAACCAACUUUAAUCCAUCUUUAUCGAAUUCACAGUGUUAUUAAAGAAACCGUUCUAGUGUCAACAGACACAAAACCAAAGGAAUGACUGCAAUAUCUGGAAUCUCAAGAAGUUUGCAUGUCACAGAAUAUCUGUUAUGGAAAGCUGAUAUUCUGUGUAAUCUACAGGGCUCCAAGGACCUUUCCUAGAUUUAAUUACACGAGUGUGCAUCUCUUUUACUGGAUAAUCACACCUUAAUACUAGUAAAUAUAGCUGAUUAAAUUCAGUACUUCGCAAAUUUUUAUCCACUUUGGCAGAAUGGAGCCUAGCACUGACUUUCAUUUUACCUGGGACAACCACCAGGCAACUUUAUUGACAGUUUUUGAUACUCUCUUGGCUAAUGAGAAACUAGCUGAUUGCACAGUCAGUGUUGAAGGAAAGUCCAUUAAGGCACACAAAGUAAUUCUUGCAGCCUGUAGUCCAUAUUUUGAACGGGUAUUUACUGAGAAUCAUGAGAAGCACCCCAUAAUUAUACUGCCAGACGUAAAGUUUCGGGUAAUGAAAGCUUUACUGGACUUCAUGUAUCAUGGGGAACUGAAUAUACAACAAGAUGACCUCGGAAGUGUGCUGAGGCUCUCAGAGUCCUUCCAGUUGAGGGGGCUAUCAGGUAAUGUGUACAUUAGUGACAUGCACACCCAGAGAGAUGACGGAGGAAGCCAGUUGCUUAUCUCUGCUGAAAAUCAGUCUUCGCAACCUACUAUUUUGUCAGUGUUUACACUAUGUUCUCAGGAAACUAGUGAAAUGGAAAUGAUGAAUUCAUUUGAGGAGGAUCCCCGUCCUCAUUCCUCGCAGAAAAAUAGCUGUGUGGAAACAGGUUCAGUUAUAAGAGCGAGUUGCAAUCACAAGAAGUUGGCUGUAUAUCGUAGUUCCGAUCGAGGCACAGGGUCGGCCUCAUUAAAUGAAGAAAUUAAUAUUGGUGUCGAAACAUUUCAGAUUUCUGAUGCAGAAGAAACAUUACCUUUACUUGCCACUGAGACUGACGAAUCUGACUGUUGUGCAAUUUCUGCCCAUCCUACAAAUAGCCAGUUGCAAGGGUCUGUUAAGAGAGCUAGAAAUACUGAGAGAGUCACAAAAGAAGAUUCUCUGGUGACUCUUAACUCUGCACUAACUCCGGGAGUAGCGUUUGAUCAGGUUACGUGCAGUGAAGGAACUAUAGGUCAAGUGGCCCAUGAAACAAAAUUUGCAGACCAAGUUGGUAAACACUUGAGAAUAUCACGCGGUGUUACACUCAGUGGUGGUGCUGAUGGUAAUGGCAGUGCUAAUCAUAGUGAUGUACGUAUGACAGUCGACUGCACAGUUAAAGAUGUUUCUGCCAGGAGAGGAAGAGCAGUAAAGCAUCAGCCAGUGCAGUCGCAGAAAAAGUGUAAGGGAAAGCGAUACACAAAAUUUAAAUGUUAUUCGUGUGGGAAGUCAUAUGUAAAUCGUAGUGGUCUGGUGAGGCAUUUCUUGUACGAAUGUGGAAAAGACCCUCAGUUUGAGUGUCCACGCUGCAAGCUGCGGUUUUUCAGAAGAGAUCAUUUGGGGAGACAUAUGUUAACUCGCCGUUGUCGAAGCUAUUUGCAGGUUGAAGAUAAACAUGAAUGAAAGUAAAUGUUGAUCAGUGUACAGGUAAAAAAAAAAAAAAAAAAAAAAAAAAAAACAGAUAA